AAAACAGUCUUCAGUAAACUGAAAAGUUUCAUUUAGGUUCCACAUGGGCGCGGAAGUUUCACCAGAUAUUGUCCCCGUGGUUGGAGGGAUGAGCGGCGACGGUAUUACCACGCGAUACUGGGACUGCAGUAAGCCUUCUUGCAGCUGGUACGAGAACUUACCUGCUGAUAAAACGAACCCCGCAAGGUCAUGCGCUAUCGACGGUAACACCACCGUGAGCCCCCAUUACCAGUCAAGUUGCGAGCCAGGGGCGGAGCCGCCGGUUGCCUUUAUGUGUAACGAUCAGCAGCCCUGGAUCGUGAACUCCACCCUCAGUUACGGAUUUGCCGCUGCGAGUUUUUCAGGCGGAAAUGACUCGAGUCGUUGUUGCACCUGUAUACUUCUCUCGUUCAAAGGUCAACUGGCGGGCAAACAGCAUUUAAUCCAGAUUACGAACACCGGAGGCGAUUUGACUCAGAAUCAGUUCGAUUUGUCCAAUCCUGGGGGUGGAGUGGGCAUCUGUUUAGUAUCCUGCGCCGAGAUGUGGGGCUGUCCCUCCACCGGAUGGGGCGAACAGUAUGGAGGGAUUUCCACUUUGGAGGAGUGUGCGGAACUUCCGGAAGUACUUCAACCCGGUUGCAGGUGGCGUUGGGAGUUUAUGGAGGGUAUUCCCAAUCCGGACGUCAGCUUUCAGGAAGUGGAGUGUCCACAAGAAAUCGUCGAUAUAUCGGGUUGCUAUUAAGGCUGAGACACAUUAGUUUUAAGUCUUAAAAAACCGAUUUGUUCAAUUUUAUAAUUUAGGUUUUAGAAUGCCACCAAUGAGAACAUCGUCAUUUGACAUAUGACUUUUUCAAUUUAAAACUAUUUCUGAUAACUAGUUUUGAUUAUUUUAGGGCCCUAAAACUAUCUUAUCUCGAUAAUUAAAUAGUUGAGGUUUAUUAAAAUGAA